CCAGUGAUGUGCGUUUACUUCCUGGAAUUGACUUCUUAAAACCGAGUGAUUCAUGGCGCUUUCCUACUGUUUCAGUAGAAUUAUCUGGAUAAAGAUUUGCUUUAGUUGACUAGUUAACAGGCCAAUUAUGUCGUCUUCAGUUCCUGGCUAGGUUCUAGAUAGCUUGCGUAGUCGGUUCGAGAUAACUUGCUUUCUGGGCUAAGUUAGCUGGCUGAAGUGAUACGUGCAGCUAUUUAAAGCUAUUUAAUGGUUUACAUGUAUGGCAUCAAAUCGGGCUUUUGAAGAAAGCACCGCUUAUCUAGCUAGUAGUCGAUAGAUCAAUUUGUUCUUCUCUAGGCUUAAUUGUACCGCACUUGGUAUACAUUCGCAAUUGAGGUUUUAUGGAGACUAAAAUGGUUAAAUUCAGUUUUGAGCCAAGGGAUUGAAUCUAUAAUUUCAUCAUGGACUGGAUGAUGGCCAAACUUCUGAGAAAAUGGUCGCUGUUUACUUUUGCGUUUUUCAUAAGAGUAGUCUUGAUUGUUUUUGGUGUUUAUCAAGACAAAACGAUGGUCGUAAAAUACACAGACAUUGACUAUCAUGUAUUCACAGAUGCUUCACAUUUCAUCACAGAGGGAGCCUCUCCAUAUCACAGAGCAACUUACCGCUACACUCCUCUACUAGCGUGGCUGCUGACCCCCAACAUCUACCUCACAUCUGUCUUUGGGAAGCUGCUGUUUGUGACGUGCGACAUUGUCUCGUCCUACCUCACGUACGGGAUCCUACGAGGCCGGGGAAUGAGCUGCCAGGCGGCCUGCGGUUACUGCUCCCUGUGGCUGCUCAACCCCCUGUCCAUGGGAGUGUCCAGUCGUGGGAAUGCCGAGUCUCUGCUGGCCGCGCUGGUCCUCGGCACGCUGAGCUGCGUGGAGCGGAGGCGCUUGGCCGCGGCCGCCUUCCUCUAUGGGCUGUCGGUCCACAUGAAGAUCUACCCAGUGACAUACGCUCUCCCCCUCGCGCUGUCCCUUCAGACCCGCGGUCAGGCCAAGGCGGGUGAGACCACAAUCCCCAUGGGAAGGAGAGUGGCUAGGUUCCUCCUGGGACUCCUUAACAGGGACCUGCUGCAGUUUUUCACUAUAGCAGGAGGAGUCUUCUCUUUACUCACCCUCCUGUUUUACCACAUGUAUGGCUGGGAGUUCCUGCAGGAGACCUACCUCUACCACCUGAUGAGGAGAGACAUCCGCCACAACUUCUCUCCGUACUUCUACAUGCUGUACCUGACGGCAGAGAGCAGGUGGAGUCUGGCACUGGGUCUAGCUGCCUUCCUGCCCCAGCUGGCUCUUCUCCUGCUGGCCUCACUGGCCUUCCACUCUGACCUGGCACUCUGCUGCUUCCUGCACACUGCUAUCUUUGUGAGCUUCAACAAGGUCUGCACCUCUCAGUACUUCCUGUGGUACCUGUGCUUGCUGCCUCUUGUCCUGCCCCGUCUUAUGCUGUCAUUGAAGCAGGGCCUGGGUCUGCUUGUGCUGUGGUUUGCUGGACAGGGGAUUUGGUUGGCACCAGCAUACUAUCUGGAAUUUGAAGGGCAGAACACUUUUGUUCUAAUUUGGCUUGCUGGCUUACUUUUCCUGGCAAUAAACACUUUCAUACUGAUACAAAUCAUUUCCCAUUAUAAACAAGAGGACACUCAGCAUCGACAGAAAUUGGACUAAUUCAGAGAAGCUUCUGGAAGUUUCAGCUAUAGUUGUGGAUCUUAUUGUCUGAUGGAGAAGAGGUUUCAACACAACUACUGACAUAAAAACAGGGUAUUUUGAAAUGUGUGAUUGUUUUACUUUGCUUUUUUAUGUUCGGUUUAUCAAACCUAUGAAAGGGAAUUGCACUUAAUGUCAAGUAUUUAUUUGUGCAUAUGUUAAUCUUAAAAUAAAAAUAAACUUUUUUAUUCA